CAUUUAUCUACACAAUAAUAAUAUGGAGAAAAUUGGAGGAAUUAAAAGUUUUAACAUGGAGAAAAUUCCAAAGAAGCAUUUUAUCCUAGUUCAUGGAUUUUGUCAUGGUUCUUGGUGUUGGUACAAAAUUAUCAAUUUAUUGGAAAAAUGUGGUCAUAAAGUGACUGCUUUAGACCUUGGUGGUUGUGGAAUUAAUAUGAAACAAUUGAAUGAAAUUGAUUCAAUAUUUGAUUAUAUUCAACCUUUGAUGGAUCUUAUGAUAUCUUUGUCUAAAGAUGAAAAGAUUAUUUUGGUUAGUCAUAGUUACGGUGGUCUUUGUAUUUCUCUUGCUAUGGAAGCUUUCCCACACAAAAUUUCAACAGGAGUUUUUAUCUCUGCUUAUAUGCCUAAUCAUGUGGAUCCACCUUCUCUUCUUAUUCUUGAGUACUUCAAGAGGACUUCAGUGGAGUCACUUAUGGAUUGCCAAUUUAAGUUUGAUCAAGGCAUGGAAAAUCCACCAACAAGUGCUAUUUUUGGCCCACAGUACAUGCAGGCUAAUCUUUACAAGAAUUGCCAACCAGAGGACUUGGAAUUAUCAAAAAUGUUGAUUAGACCAGGAAAGUUUUUCAUACAAGACAUGUCAAAGGAAGGGUUAUUGACACAAGAAAAGUAUGGAUCAGUAAAAAGAGUUUACAUUGUAACACAAGAUGAUCAAGUCAUGCAAGAAGAAUUUCAAAUGUAUAAUAUACACAAAAGUCCUCCUCAUGAAGUCAAAAUUAUUGCCAAUUCUGGCCAUAUGGUUAUGAUAUCUCGACCUCACGAGCUCUUUUUAUGCCUACAAGAAAUAAUUGAAAAUUCAUAUAAUUGAUGAUCUCAAUUUUUCAAAGAGUAAGAUAUAAUUAUUAUUGUAAUAAUGGUGAAUUUAUCGUUUGGUCAUUCAUGUUAGAACGAAAAUAAGAAUUUCAAAAGUCAUGCCUUUGUCUCGA